CUCUUUUGUUUUUCUAGUAAGGCAACUUCUCAGUUUAUCUAAAAACUACCUCGCUUUCCCCAACUUAAUAACUUCUUUAAACCCAUCACUAGGCCACACCAAUGCUAGGGAAGAAAUAUAGUGGACUGAAGCGAUUUCCAAUAUAUUACUGGCUCUUAAUUAACCAAUUCCUGGUGCCCUACUAUUAACUAACCCCCCUAUUCUAUAUUCAUUGUUUAUUAUGUCUUUGGAAUUGGAAAAGAGAGCUUCGGAUUAAAUGACUUUAAGCUCGAUCUCCUGCCCAUUGUAGAUCUUUAUUGUCUAUCCCCACGGAAUAGAUACAAUUAUACAAAUACACAACAUUUAGUGUGGUUGAUUCAAUCGAUUAUAUCAACGCCUUGUUAUCUAUUUUAUAUGUGUUUAAUUCAGUUGAAAAGAAUCAACUGGGAAAUGGGUAAGUCGGAUUUAUUUUCCAUAAGGUACAACUAAUUUCACCGUUUGUCUUAUUCACCUCAUUCAAUAGUUGUAAAUUUGGUCGUUACAACAGAAUUAUAGUCGCCUAAUCAUUAUAUAAAUAUAUCACCUAACAAUAUCAUAAUUUUCAACGACAUUAGUAAUUGUAAUAAUGACAUGGUUCCAGUUUUAAGAAUCGAGAAUAAAAACAAAAACAAGAUUUUUAACUACAUAUUGUCACAAUGGAGAAAAGUAAGAAAGAAAGAUCAUUUCCUUGCAAUGUAUGUGGGAAGAACUUUGCACAGAAUGGUUAUUUAAAAGUGCACAUGAGAAUCCACACUGGAGAGAAACCGUACAAAUGUGAGGUAUGUGAAAAAGCCUUCACAAAGAGCAGUGACUUAAUAACACACACUCGAAUUCACACAGGUGAGAAACCAUACCAGUGCAUUACCUGUGGUGAAACCUUCACACAAAAUGGCAACCUACAGAGACAUAUCCGAACACACACGGGGGAGAAGUUGUUUCAUUGCGACAUAUGUCAGCGGUCCUUCUGUGACAACAAGUACCUACAGCUCCACAGGAGAUCUCACACUGAUCCUGUCUUACGUUGCGAGAUCUGCCAUAAGAAACUCAAAACCAUUGAAACAAUGAAGAAUCACAUGCAGAUUCACACUGGCGAAAAAUCCUAUCAUUGCGAAUAUUGUGACAAGUCGUUUUGGUGUAUUGCCAGUUUCCAAAAGCAUUCUAAGAUCCACAAUGAAGACAAUCCAUACCGAUGUGAGACUUGUGGUCAUGUGUUCUCAUCCGAUAAAUCUUUGCAAAGCCAUAUUCGUGUACACACAGGAGAGCGGCCCUUCCGUUGUGAUCCUUGCGACAAGUAUUUCACGACAGAAAGCAGACUACGAAAACACAACCGAACCCACACCAGCGAAUGGCCUUAUAUGUGCUUAAUCUGCAACACGGAAUUCACAGAGAAAGCUGAUAUUAAAGAGCACUUGACAACACAUUCCGAGAUAAAAGAGUUUGAAUGCCAGGUGUGUGGUGCUCGAUUUGCUUGGAGAGAUCAGUUGAAACUUCACAUUCGGACUCACACAGGUGAAAAGCCAUUUCCCUGCAAAAUCUGUGGCAGAUCAUUUGCCCGAAAAGCAAUUUUAAGUAACCACCUUAUGACUCACACAGGUGAAAAACCCUUCUCUUGUUGGCUAUGUUCAAAGGCUUUCUCUCGGAAUAGCAUGUUAAAACAACACAUGAAGACACAUACAGAGGAAGAUCUUAAAAAUUGCUAAAACAAACUUCCAAAGCGCCACCAUAACUUAACAUUAAAAAAAGUACUAAAAGAUAGCAUUCCCUCCAAACCUGAAACCUAACUUUCAGAUUUGUUUUCUAAUCAAACCACAAGGUCCUUUUAUGAGAGCAAUGUUAAGUAACAGUAUUGCUGCAAAAUUAAAGUGUAAAAUUAAAUGCUAUAAUGUUUAGUCUUAGUUGGCUGAGUACAGCCAACCUGAUAACAGCAACACUGUACAUGUUUACUCUCUCAUGUAAGCCUUAAUGCAUUUCAUCUACCUUAUUUCAUUUAAAUUUGCCACAAGGGCAGUAAUGCAUUUUAUCUACCUGCUCUACAAUGUUUGAUUUAAAAAAAAAGGUAUAUUUAUAAUGUAUUAUCUUAAAGUGGAACAAAAGUUUGUUGCGUCUCCAUUUUUAAUAGUCUAGAAAGUUCUGUCAAAGACGAACAGCAAUGAAGUGAUUGAUAGCUUUAUUUCUCACGAAAGCACCGACAAAAAACGUCAUUACAAAAGACACGAAAGAUUUACAAAGAUGCUUUUUAAUGAUGACAUUGAUAUCGUUAUCAUCGUUGUUUUAACAUCCACAUUUUCAUGCUUGGAUGGGUCUGAUGAAAUUCAUUGAAGCAGACUUACUACACUUAGAUACCCUUGGCUGAUGCCAACCUUUACCUAUUUCCAAGCAAGGUAAUAUUUCCCCCAUGACCUGGCAUGUUUUCCAUGGAAGACUAGAGACAACAUAAUUUGUAUGAUGACGAUGCUUGUUUCCAACCAUUAUGUGAUGUCAAGACAAUAUAAAACACACAUAUACAUGACAACCUUCUUUUUAAUUUCCAUUUACCAAAUUAACUCGCACAAGGCUAUAGUAGACGAUAUGUCCCCAAAGCGCUGUGCAGUGGGACUGAACCUGAAACCACAUGGUUGGGAAGCGAGCUUUUUAAUCACACAGCCAUACUCCUCUGUUGUUAACAGUCAUUAUGAAAAUGGUGUUUUACAUAGGCACAAACCCAGCAAAUUUUCUGGGGUGGUACAGUCAAUCAAGUAUUUAACUCUUGUUUUAUUAGAAUGAUAAGCAAAGUUGACUUCAGUGGGAUUCGAACUCAGAAGAAAAAAAGAUUGUUAUUUAAUACUGCAAAUGUAUUUUGUCUGCCACUAAUAAUUCUGCCAAUACUCAUGACUUUUUUUUUUUCACAAAUACGAGAAGACUACAAAUUUUUGUGGCGGGGAUGUUGUCGGUUUAAACGACUGUAGUACUUGACUCUCAUACAUAUAUUAUCAACCUCAGAAGAUGUAGAGUAAUCCAGGGGUUUGAACUCAAACCGCUAACGAACAUUAUCUAAAAUACCUCAGAAAAUUUUAUCCAGCAUUCUAUUGAAUCUGCCAUCUACUUCUCCACUGAUAAUAAUAAUAAUAAUAUCCUUAAUUU